UUUCGAACGCCAGACCAUUCUGAGAAUAUCAUCGAGCAGUUACUUCGGGCAAUGAUUUAGUGUACUUUUGAAACUGAUUUAAACUCUAAACAAGUUUACUUGGAUUUAAAGUUUGUUAUAGAAAUAAAUAACAUUUGUUGUCAACAUGUGGUUAUUUGGCAAUUUAAACUCUCUAGUUGGUUUGAUGUACACAUUAACAUCAAUGUUGCCAGAUGUUCCUGGAAUAAUAGUUAACCGUAUUAGUGAUUUUGAUUAUUCUGAUGAAAUGCAGCCAUUGUCUCACAUUCAGAAGAUAAAUUCAGCUGACGUAAAUGUAGCUAGAGAAGGACGUUUUCCGAAUGACUUCUUAUUUGGGGUCAGCACAUCAGCUUAUCAAACUGAAGGAGCAUGGAACGUAUCAAAUAAAAGCCAAUCAGUAUGGGACUAUAUGACUCACCAGCAGCCAGGGAUAGUGAAGGACGAAACAAAUGCCGAUAUUGCUGCUAAUUCUUACUAUUUGUACAAGACAGAUAUAGAACUUUCUAAACAAGUUGGAGCAAAUGCAUUCAGAAUUUCUCUAUCAUGGCCACGAAUUUUGCCCAACGGAUUUUCUAAUUAUAUAAAUGCCAAAGCUAUCGAUCAUUACAAUAAUGUAAUUGAUGAAAUGUUACGAAGAAAUAUAACACCUGUGGUUACAAUUUAUCACUGGGAUUUGCCGCAAAAAUUACAAGAUCUAGGAGGAUGGUCAAAUCCUUUAAUCAUUGACUGGUUCGUUGAUUUUGCCAGAAUAGCUUUUGAUGCUUUUGGAGACAGGGUAAAAUAUUGGGUAACCAUUAACGAACCUUCAAUCUUCUGUGGUUUCGGAUAUGGUGGAGAUUGGAUUCCUUUAGUUCAACAAUCCGGAGUUGCCGAUUAUCUGUGUGGCCAUCAUGCUCUGAUUGCUCAUGCGAAAGCUUACGAAAUGUACCAGAAUGAAUUCGCAGCAGACCAAGAAGGACAAGUAGGUAUUGUUAUAUCACUAUCAUGGCCUGUUGCUGAAAAUCCUGAAGAUGAAGAAGAAUUAGAAGGUGUCGAACGAUGGUUUCAAUUUCGUAAUGGAUGGUUCUUACAUCCAAUUUUCAGUGAUGACGGUGAUUAUCCAAAAGAAAUGAUAGAGAGAAUUUCAUAUCACAGUGAUCUUCAAGGGUUCUCCAAGUCAAGACUACCAAAGUUCUCAGAGAAUGAAAUAGAGAUGAUUAAGAACUCUGCCGACUAUCUGGGCAUUAAUUUUUAUCAUGCAUCAUCAAUAAGAAAGUGGACUGACUAUGAUAUAAAGAAUACGGUAUCUUUUUAUAGUGAUAUUGGUAUGCUUGAGAAACCCGAACUGGAAUAUAGUACAACAUUCACUGAUAGAUGUACUCCAUGGGCUUUAGUAGCAGCAAUACAGAGAAUGAAUAAGGAGUUUAACAUUUCCACGAUGAUAAUUACUGAAAAUGGAUACUGGGAUCGAGGUCAAUUGGCUGACAUCAGUCGAGCUAGAUAUCAUCAUCUUCAUCUCAGUGAAAUUCCUAAAUUGAUCGCACAAGGUAUCAACAUUCGAGGCUAUUUUGUUUGGUCUCUUAUCGAUAACUUUGAAUGGAUGAACGGUUACUCAGUCAAAUUUGGUAUCUUCUCUGUUGACUUUGAGGAUCCACUUCGGAAUAGAAUACCAAAAAUGUCGUCUAAAGUAAUUAGUGAUAUUUAUAAAACUAAAAAGAUUUCUCCAUUUUUUUGGCCACUAGAAAAUAAAGAAUUUGGUAUUAAUGUCAUUGAAUAAUUAUAAUUCAUUUUGUUAAAAAUAAAACAAUUGAAAAUAUAAAAUAUAUUAUGU